CUUCCGCCAUCUGCUUUGCUGCUUUCAGUUCAGUUGAGAGGUCUGUCAAACCGCACACACACAGCCAAGAUGGCGGAUGCCGACGAUUGGGGUGAGAACAAAGUUAGAAAUGAUAUCGUACGACAGCUAUAUUUAGGGAUUUGGGAAAGAUGGGUAACAUUGUUAUUGAUAUUAGCUAGUAUAUCGUUUUGAACGUUCAAGAUAACUUAGUUACCGUUAUAAUGUGCAUUUAUAGACGCUGACAACUUCGAGCCGGACGUCGCGCCGAUCAAAACGGCGGUAGUGCUGGACAAAUGGGAAGGCGAAGACGAAGAUGAAGAUGUGAAGGUAACCAGACAACUAACUAGAUAGCUAGUUACAUGAUACAGGCCAUUUUACAGAUGAUUUUCAAGUCAUAAUUAACCCAUUAGUUGUGGCUAACACAACACGCCUUGCUAGUUAGUCUGUGGACAUUAGUUGGCUAGCUAGUUAGCCGCCAACUAGCCUAGCGUUAUCCACGUUUCUAGCUAGUUAGCUAACGGUUGUAUAUCUUAGCUAGGUCGAUACUGUACAAGCUGUGAGGCCGCACAUGUGAAAAAUGUCGACGUGUGUCUCCUGGUUCGAGCUGAGCACAGACUCAUUCUCGGGCACUUUUGUUUUUGAAUUAACUACGUUGGCCAUGUUUUUUUGGGCUGGUUAGAAGCUACUGUAGAUUUGUUGCAUUCUGAGUUGGGGAGAUUCCAUGGUGUAACGUUACUGACAUGUAGUUAUUAUUAUUAUGUAGUUACUGACUAGCUAGCUACAGAACUAAUUUAGCUUUUUAGGUUAGCAGCUAGCUAGUUAGGUCUGAACUAAUGUGUUGACUAUCUAGCUAUCUAGCUUUAAGAGGUACAUUCAUCAUAAUCUCAUUUAGCGUCUGCUAAAUGACUAAAAUGUAAAUGUAAUAAUCUGACUGCGAUUAGUCAUUGAUGAAGUCAGUUUAAGGCUUUGUUUGUGUUAUACAUUUAAUAAAUAGGCACUUAAAUGAAAACUAGCUGGCUAACGUUAGUUGCCAACGUCAUUAUUCUGCCCUGAUGAUACCAGAUCACUGAAUUGAGCCUUACUACUACUAAGGUGCUUCCAACUGACAUAUGCGAAAAGUAAAGUGUGUUUUCGAGAACCCUCUUCAACAGACUUUUCUCGUUGAUUCAUUUUCACCAUGUAUGUCUAGAAAGUCAACCGAAUGUAUACUAUGGGAUCAUACAGCUGUGGAAAAGGCUAGCAAAGCAGUUUGUUGUUGACCAUGGUUUCUGUGGAAUAUAGGUAGUGUUCAAGUCAUAUGGUGUAUUCGUGUCCCUAAAACAAAACUUGAUCAGUACAGUAGGCCUACAGUUGUUUUGAGAGAAAUGUUUGGUGUCUUUUUGGAUAAGGCUUGGGCUAGGUACUUCUCUUAUUCCCUUAUUAGGGCCUCAAUGGAUAUGACACAUUUGCCAAAUAUUGGUUGAAAUGCUUUACAUAACCGCUUUUUGUGAUAAUGAUGUGACUGGUUCUGACAUGUCUUCUGAUGUUUGAUAAUGCAGUUGGUCCCAUAAAUUCAGAUCUUGUUGAUUUCCUAGAAAAUUAAGUGAAGACCUAGAAAAGUCCCAGAACCAACCGCUAAACUACCCAGUAUUAUGUACAUUUACAUUACAUUUUAGUCAUUUAGCAGAAGAGCGACUUACAGUUAGAGUGCAUACAUUUUGGGAAACGAACCCACAACCCUGGCGUUGCAAGUGCCAUGCUCUACCAACUGAGCUACAGGGGACUCUAUCAACCACAGAACUUGGAAUUUUGCACAUGUGAAAAUGAUUUCAGUUGGUGAACUAAGAACAGAUAAUCAGCUUGAACAGCUGCAAUGGGAUACAUUUGUUUUUCUCCAGAAUAAGUUUGGUAAAGUGGCAUUUCCAUUACUUCGAAACUUUGUUUUAUUAUUCUUUAUGCCCUUCCUGGCUACAUUCAAUCAGUAUUGCAAUAAAAGUAAUGGUGGUCCAUGACCGUAAAUGACUGUUAUCCUACCGCUUAGGAGAAAAUAUAAUGAUGAGCAAACGCAUGCCUUACACUGUUCAAAUAAGACAAAGACAUUACCAUUUGUCUGCUUUAAAUGGACCAAAAAACAAACCUAAAUCCAUCCAGAAGGGUUAUUUAGGGGACUGGAAGCAAUGUCAAUAUCAACUGCUCACAAUGAUUGUUUCAUCUCAACACAAAUGCUACAAAUUGUUUAAGCAAGAGCAGGUGUCAAAGCCAUAUUUCAAAAAAAUUUUAUUGAUCGAUGAAGUCAUUUGCAAGUAAAAUCAUUAUUGGUUUGGUUGAUGUCAUCAUGGGUUAGCUUUUUUCAUCACAAAAUCAAAAGAAAAAUGCAGAUGUGUUUUGCUUUCAAUAAUCAUUUUAGCUUCUAGUAAAAUACCAAACAAACGGGGGUCAAAAGAAAGGAAAGAAAAAGCAGAACGAAAACCAAGCAGAAAGAACCUCAGGCAGGCAGGCGAUGUAGUCACAUCAUUCGACACAUUCCUGUAUGUUCUCCCUCUGCAGGAUAACUGGGAUGAUGAAGAGGAAGAGAAGAAAGCAGAGGCAAAGAAAGCAGGUGCAGAAAUACAGUGGUUUGAGAAAGUAGUGGCUGUGGCCUGUUGUAAUGUAAUAUGCUGAUCUGCACAUACCUGUAUAUAUUUUUGUGAAUAGUUCACGAAAAUGUUCCUGCAUCAUACUGGCUGCCGCCAUGCCUUUUUUAUUACCAAGUACUGGCUGAAAAUAUGUGUAAUUUCAACUUGAUUUGAUGGUUGUUUUUGUUCUAGAGGUUUGCUAUAACAUUGCUUUUUUUGUUUCAGAGGCCAAAGUGUCUGAGAAGAAAAAACUGGCCGAAAAAAUCAAGGAGAAAGAAAACCGGCUAAGGAAAAAGCAACAAGAGCUGAAAAAGAAAGUGAGUUUUUGAAAUGUUGGAUUAACCUUACAGAUCUGAAUAUUUUCUCUCUUAUGAAUCCUUUACUUUUUUCUUGUUGAUAGUUGGAGGAAGAGGAAGAGCUUACACCCGAACAACAGCUAGCAGAAAAGUUGAAAGUCCAGAAGAUGCAGGAGGAAGCAGACUUGGAGCUGGCAAAAGAGGCUUUUGGUAAGAUCCUGGAAUAUCCUGUCAAGUUUAACCCAGAUAUCAGAGAUGUGAUUUUUCCUGCUUUUCUAUGUUGUCCUGAUCACAUCCCUGAUACAUGAAACAUUCAUUUUAAUGUGUACCCACUAGCCAGCCAUACUGUUAUUGUUUGUUCUCAUUAGUUUUUGUCCUUGUCAUUUCAGGCAUUUCAGGGGGUAGUACCACAAACAAUGUUUCUGGAAUUGAAGCCAUGUGCCCAUCUUCUAAAGAAGACUUCACAGAGUUUGAAAAGCUGCUGAAAGUGAAGAUAUUACAGUAUGAAAAAUCAGUGCAUUAUUCAAGCUUCUUGGAGUCGUUGUUUCGGGAGCUCUGUAUUUCAUGUGAGUUCAACAUCCUACAGGAAUUAUUGUACAUGAAACAUGUUAUUAUUCAGUGUGUUUUAGGUUUGUGCACAUAACUUAUUACUUUAAAACAAAUACCAAACCACAUGUCAUAAAUACCUCAUAUCAAGAAAUGUUUAUAUACAUAAGCCAUUCAAUAAUGGUUUGACUUGACAUAUUUGGAGUUCACUAACAUUCAGGCUCAACCAUUGUGAUAACGUCUUAACUAAAUGUCCUGUUUCUACACAGUGGAAAUUGACGACUUAAAGAAAAUCAGCUCUUCCCUGACAGUGCUACUUAAUGAAAAACAGAAGCAAGAAAAAGUAAGUUGUUGGCUGUCUUAUUCAUUCUGAACAAAAAUGAUGUCAUCCUUCUGGUGUUUUCUUCAUGAAUUGUAGUUCUCCUUACGGUCAGUGGAGGGAGCCCUAUACCAGUACCUCCAUAUUGCUUUUCGUUGGUCUCUGCUCAAGGAACUAACUUACACCCUGGUUGCCCCAUUCACUUUAAUAUUCACUCAACUCGCUUUGAAGAACACCAAGUGUUUAUUAAGUGUUAAUUUGUAGCAAUGGUUUAAGUUUUGUUUUGGUUCCACAGGCAAUCAAAGGCAAAAAAGAAGAAGAAAGGAGCUGUACUUGGUGGUGGUAUGAAAGCCAAGGGAAAAGAUGACCUUGCAGACUAUGGAGGAUUCGAUGGUGGCUACACCCAAGACUAUGAUGACUUCAUGUGACCACAGCUAUAUCCCCACUGCCUUUUUACCCUUUAACCCUCAGAAAUGCAGCUGUACUUCUCAUGCUGUCCAGUGUCAUCCUGGAAAAACCUGAACAAUGUGUCGCCCUUUCAUUUUGCUUCAAUGAUCCGAGGGACAAUACAGGGAGCAUCCAGUACCAACACUUCUGUUAAUACAUAAUGAAAUGGCCUUUUCUCUCAUUCAGUCUCCAAACUUCAUAAAGAUACAAAACACAGUGAAAAAUACUUUACUUGCUGUAUGUGAUUUGUAGAGCAUGUUUUUGAUUUAGAGAAAUGAUGCUCAUGUCAAUUAAUUCCAGUUGCUACUGCAAUGACAUCACAACAAAUUAGGUCUAUGCAAAUAAUUUCACCCAGAAUGUCUAUAAAUAUUAUAGGUAUUUCACUUUACCUGUCGAUGGGUUUCUUACAGGAAAGUAUAUAGUAUCUAUAACGUAGGUUGCCAAAUACACAUUAUCUUUAUCCAUUGAAAGUUGCAUUGUUCAUGCUUUGAAAAUGACACUACAUGUUUAGUAGUU